AACUCUAAAAAACAUAGCACGAUCUUAUCAUCACAUCCUCCGAAUACAAAAGUUUACCUUGCAAAUAAAUCAACACCAAACGCGCCCACAACACACACACACAGACAUUUUUCUUUCUUAGAAGCGUCCACCACACGGAACCUCGCAAUUCCUUCACACCCACCAUAAUAAUAAUAUCUUCAUUGUUCUUUUCUUCUUUGUUACCAUUAAAAACACACACACACACACACACAACAACACUCUGAAACUAACAACAACAAUAAAAGACCAUGUCGGUGAAGGAGUGCGAGCACCACAAGGGGAAGAAGAGGAAGAUCUUCCGGCAAGUGUUCUGGUGCUUAGUGGUGUUCCUUUUCAUCGUGCUGGUCACAAUUCUUUUGAUAUGGGCAAUCCUUAGACCCACCAAACCCACCUUCACGCUCCAAGACGUCACCGUCUACGCCUUCAACGCCACCGUGGCGAACUUCCUCACUUCGAAUUUUCAGGUCACGCUCAUCUCGCGUAACCCGAACGACCGCAUCGGUGUUUACUAUGAUCGCCUCGAAACCUUCGUGACCUACCGGAGCCAGCAGGUCACGUACCGAACCGCCAUCCCUCCGACAUAUCAAGGCCAUAAAGAGAUCAAUGUUUGGUCUCCGUUUGUUUAUGGCACCAACAUCCCCGUCGCGCCGUUCAAUUUCCUCGGCCUCAGCCAGGACCAGAGUAACGGUAACGUCCUCGUCACCAUCCGAGCCGAGGGUAGGGUUCGUUGGAAGGUCGGCACCUUCAUCUCCGGCCGCUACCACCUCUACGUCCGCUGCCCGGCGUUCAUCAGCUUUGGACCCCGCAGCAAUGGAAUCGUCGUCGGAGAGAACGCCAUCAAGUUCCAGAUUAUCCAACGGUGCUCCGUUAGUGUCUAAACUUAAUCUCAGACAAGAAAAAUGUUAAUAACAUAUUUUCUAAUACACUCUUUUAAAUAUGUUUAUUAGUGACGGAAUUUAGUGAUGUAUUGCCUUUUCGUCACUAAUUCUAAAGUUACAAAAACUUUAGUGAUGAAUUUUUCAAAAGUUACAUAUGAAAUAUUUCGUCACUAAAAUUUAUUGAAAAUUAAAUCUGGAAAAUUCAUGGUUAUUUUUUUUAUGUGAUUUUAUAGUUUUUAAUAAAUUUAAACUAAUCAUAAAAAAUGUGUUAAAAUGAGUGUAAUAAAGAAUAUGUUAUUGACACUUGUGGUAUGUAUACUCUACUCGAUCCGAUCCAGUGUAUUUUUAUAGGUACCAAUUUCUUCUUCCACUGUUGUUAUUGUACGUGUACCUUGUGUACGAAUUGGUCGUUAGAUGUUUCUAUUUUACGUUUUGCUAUAGAAAUGUGAAGCAGACAAAAGAGUCUCAGAUAUAGCAAAAUUACAAGAUGCAAGAUGGAGACUAAAUGUAAUUGAGCUACGAUGGCAAUAAAAUUUCUUGUUUCAAUUUGGAUAACAAAUGAGAUGAGAGUGUGAUGAAACGUCCACACGGUGUCAUUAUCUUUCGUUUUCUCAAUAAUAUUCUUGUGCUAUUCGCGUUUU